AUGUCAUAGUAAGAUAACUUAGAAGAAAAGUCAGAGAUGAACAAAGAGAGUAAUUAGAAUUAAUAACCUUAAUAAGAUGAAUCAAAAAGCUUAAAAAAGUAAUAUUUCACUUCAUAAUGUAAAUGGAUUUCUUUCUCUGUCACUUUUUUAGUUUUAGCAGGUAUUGGAAUAUUUUUGGGGGUAUACUUAACUUAAAGUACAAAUUCUGCCCCAACACUUAAAAAGUUCUAAAGAGAUGAAUUUUAAUAAGUGGAUGAAAUAUGUAUGUAAUAUACAUCUGAUAAAUUUCAAAAUUGUACUCAAAUAGAAAUGAAUACAAUAAGAGUAGUGGAAGAUGAAAAUGAGCAAAAUGCAACUAGUUUAUUGAUAUUAUCAAAAUUGAGAAUCAGAACUUUCUAAUAAAAUAAUGAUGGAACAAGAGAAUAUAAUGAAUUGGUUAAUUAGAAUAAUGAAAUAGAAUAAUAAAUUAAAAAAUAAUUAAGAAUAUUACAAUAGACCUAAUCAAAAGAAAGUGACUAUAUGUGUGAUGGAAUCCCUUAAGAUGAAUGUGCUGAUGUAAAUGAAGUACCAUUAUUAACAGUAAUCACAGACUAAUUAACUGGGGAAGUGUAAUAAAUAGGUAUACCCUCUAAAGUUUCUGAUCUAUUAAUUUAACCUUUAAUUUCAAAUAUAAUACAUAUAGCUCCUAAUCUUGCAGAAUCAGCUAAUACUACUAUAAGUGAUGGAACAAGAUUACUAAAUGAACAUCAUUCAAAUUUAUAUUAUAUUGGUAAUUAAGCAUUCGUUCCUAAAGUAAGUAAAGGGAAAUCAUGGUUAGGUAGAACUGUAGUUAAAAAAACAAUAUCUUAAUCAGAUUUGGUUGAAGGUCUCUCUUAAGGUAUAAAUUUGUUUGAUAAAUUCGAAUAAUCUUAAGAAACUAAUUUAGAUGAUAAAAAUUAUUUAGUUUCUUCACAUAUAACUACAAAUUCCAAAUUAGAUAAUUCUAUUAAAUCAAAUGAUAUUAAAACAGAUGAUUUAGCAGAUAAAUCAGAAACAGAAAUCUCAAGUGAGUCAAAUUUGGUGACUGUAGAGACAAAAUCAGAUGAAGAUUUAACAACCAUUCUUUCUGAUAUAUAAAGUUUAUAAACAAUUCAAUACUAUACAUUUUAAGAAUUGUAAAAUAAGAUAACAACUUAAGAAGAUUAAACUUAAAAUGUAAUUGAAAAUUAAUAAGAAAAUAAUAGAUUAUUAUAAAAUGAAAAUGGAGAUGUAGGUAUUGGUACUUUAUCAGAUAAUGAAAUUAUUAAAGGACCAUGUAAAUCUACAACUUUCAAUAAAAAAAGUAUAAUAAAAGAAGUAACUGUUUAUAAAAAUAAAGUUGGAUUUUAAUUAGAAUUUUCAGGAGAGUUAAAAGAAGGAAAUAUUUCUGGAACUAUGAAAGCUUGUGUUUAGCAUAAUGGUAUUUGUAGAAUUGAUUUACCCAAAAAAGAUUUCAAAUUUUCAGAUAAACUUAAACCAACAACUCAAAAAGGAGGUUAGACUACUAGAUUUUUUAAUAGCGAUAUCAAAAUACUUGGAUAUCCAUUAAAUAUUGGCACAGAUGUUAUUUAUUAAUGGGAAUAAAAUGAAUCUAUUAUGAAUGAGGAUUCUUUUAUAGCCAUUUUUGAAUAAAUUUAAGCUUCGUUGAGUAUUUAGGCUUAUUAAUAAAUUAAUCUAGCUAUAAUUAAAAUUAGAGCAGGACUUUAAGGAUUUGUUUAUAAAGGAAAUGCUAUGGGGCAAGCUAUACUUUUAAAGGAUUAUUAGGAUAAAACAGUCUUUUAUAAUGAAUACCAAAUAUCUUUAUAUCACCAAAUUGAUGCAUUAACUCUUGACACUUAUGCAGCUGUUCAGUACAUUACAACUGAUUGGGUUAAAUAGUGCAUAGGUCCAAAAUGCUGCAGAGUUUGCAUAAAUGUUCCAAAAAUUGGGUUUUCUGAUUGGAAAGAUGUCUAUAGAAAGAAUCAUUAAAUAUCUGAUUAUUAAGCAAAGAAAAUAAUAUACGGAGUGAAAUCAAUGUGUAAUUGA